AUGAAGUAUCCUCAAGCGGUGUCGAUGCCUUCGGCGGUCUCUAAUUGGCUAGACGAACAGUUGGAAGCGCGCGGCAUAGACGCCGUCGUCUACACGCGAUACAUACUCAGUUUGUUCCAUUCCGUCGAUUUGUUUUAUCCCGAAGAAGACGAUUUGCGGCAUCCCAAAAAAGAAGGGAGAAGGUCCAACAGAAGCCAAGCUGGAUCGCUGAGGUCCACUUCUGAUUGGUGGAGGCAUGCGUACGCUGAUCCUGAACGCAUCAAACGUUCGGCAGCCGUCGAGUGUCUCCUGUCCGCCUCCGAACAGAACUGCGAGAUCGAAUCGCUGAUCGACGAAUUGUGCGAAAAGCUGAAGGAGGCCAACGAGGAGGAGGAUUCGAUCGAAGAGAAACCGACGGCCGAAUCGGCGCCGCGACGCCGUUGCGACAAGAAGAAAAUAUCGCCGCGCGAAUUGGCCGAGAAAUAUUACGCGGCCUUUCCGCCGUUGAAGUCGCUCUCGCCGGCCGACGAUUCGAAAUUGCUGGCGCUCGUGCCCCGGUGGAGGAGCGUCGAGACGGCGGCGACGGCGGAGGCGUCGCCCGUCAAGAGGAGAUCGGUCAAGAAGGCGAAGAAAUCGGCCAGUUUUUCGGGUACCAAGUCGGGUUAUAAGGACAACAGCGAAACGAUGAAGGCCCAUUCGCAAGCCAGACAACGUUUGAAUUGGUCGAACAACAACAACAACCGCUACAACAAUUUCCCUUCGAACAACAUGAAACAACAACAGGCGUUAAUCGGCGAACCGAUUGGGACGUUCGCGGGCCACGAUGACCGUUGUCUCGACGUGGAAAAGGACAUUUGGCGCGCGACCGACGAGGACGAGACCAACAUGUACGUGGAUUUGCCGGUCGACAUUAAAGUGUUGCUGGAUUCGCCGACGCCGCACGACAAGACCGUCGAACUGAUGAAUUUGGCCAAUAUGAGAGACACCGGUAACAGGAGAUUCAUACCCUACGGUACCAACAUUAUCGGGAACUCGAUUUGGUCGACUGAUCAAGGCGUCAUCGACGACAACGCGAUGAACGCGUCGAUCGAAGAGGGCGAUUUCGGGCUCGAUUUGAAAUUCAGUUCGAUAUCGAUCGACAAUCCGACGUUGAAUUUGGACGAUUGGCUGACGAACGGCGUCGACGGGCUGUUGGAGAACGAUACCAGGAGGAAUUGCAGACGGAGAUUGUUUCGAGGUUCGACGGUCGACGAUUGGAGGAACGACACAAAUAACAACAACAACAGCAACAACAAAGACGUGGAGGAUAGAUCGAUGGGGAGCGACGACGACGAGAAACUGAUGAUGAAUUGGCUCGAGCACAGUUUGAAUAAAUUGAAUCACGAUAGAUGGAGCAGCGGAUUCGUCGAGGUGGCGCCGGGUGACGUUGCAAAAGGUCGUCCUUCGAAGCCAGCGUUUCCGAUCGCUUAUUCGAACAACAAAGACGAGAAAGAGGACCUUUUGACGUCGGAGCGGACGCACUUCAAGCCGAUCAGCGACAAAGAGGCCGCCCGUUGUUUGGCGACGAACGUCGCCAAACAGCCGUUCACCUACGCCGACGGUUCGUCGUUUUUGAUUUGCAACAAUCUGGAUAAGGUGAACUACAAGCGUAGCGAAAGCGGCGCCAUGCUGUUGGAGAACGAAUUCGGCCAAAGCAAGAAGUACUAUCCGUACAAAAUCGAGGAAUCGUCGCCGUCGCCGGUGCCCGACGCGCCCGAGUUUUUCCUCAAAUUCAGCGUCUGCCAGAACGACAAAUCUUGCCAAACCGAACCGCCCGCCGUCGCCGACGAACCGCCCAAUCAAUUCGACGAAAUUAUGAACGUCGGUCGAACGUUGGCCGAUCGUCUGGGCGCCGCCUCGGAGGACGAGGCGUCGCUGGAUUCGCUGUUGUCGACGCUGCCGAGGCCGGAGAGCGUGCUCGACGAGGUCGUGUGGAAGUACAAGGGUAUCCUGUGGUGCGAGAAAUGCGGCGACGCCGCCGCCUCCGGCAAGCCGGGCCACACGUGGAACGGCGCCGGUUGGGCGGACGGUCGAACGGACGACGCCGAUUGGCGCGGGAGCGGCUUGCGCAGCAUUUGGGACGACGGGGAGGCGUGCGCGACGUGCCUGAAGGCGAAGCAGAGCUGGGGCGGAGGCGGCGGCAGGCCGAGCUUGGACCGCCGCCUGCGCGAAGACAUCACCCAGGACGGCGAGCAGCUGCUCUCGGAUUUGAUCAACGCCAGGAAAUUUUAUAUGGCGUCGCCGCCGCCGUCGGCGGUGGGCGUCGAGGCGUCGAACGAGCGCAAGCGACGCCAUUCGGAGGAGGACGGGCGCGCCGCCUCCUGGAGUUUCGCAUCUCGCUUGGAGGAGGAUUGUCUCAUGCAAAUGGCCGGUCUGUCCGACGCCAGGGCUGUUACGCUCUAA